AACAGCCACGAAGAGAGCUCCACGAUUCCACCCACCCCGAAUCUUCCCACGGGGCUCCAGCCAAGAACCGCGCGGAACAAGACACACCACGCUUCUCUUCUCCAACGAUGCAGACGGCGGCGGCGGCUGUGGCGUGGGCGCCGGGCCCAUCGCCAUCCACCUCUACCUCCUCCUCCUCGCCUUCCCCCUUCAGGGUGGGGUUUGCGUCGACGGCCGUGCCGGCUUCUUCCGCUCCCAGGCUCGUCGCCGCGUCCGCUUCCCUGGCCCGUCGGCGGCGGCGGCGGCAAGGUUCGUCCUUGUCACUCCCGGUGGUUCAAGCUAUUGCCAACCCAGACCCCGCGAUCGAGCUGUCGUUGACUGCUGAAAAUGUUGAGAUGGUAUUGGAUGAAGUAAGGCCAUACCUUAUGGCCGAUGGAGGCAAUGUUGCGUUGCAUGAGAUUGAUGGAAACGUGGUGAGGUUAAAGCUGCAAGGAGCAUGUGGGUCAUGCCCGGCUUCAGUAACAACGAUGAAGAUGGGUAUCGAGCGACGCUUGAUGGAGAAAAUACCAGAGAUUGUAGCAGUUGAACCCAUCGCUGAUGAGGAGACUGGGCUUGAGUUAAACCAAGAGAACAUUGAAAAGGUACUUGAAGAGAUUAGGCCUUACCUUGCUGGUACAGGAGGUGGUGAGCUCGAAUUUGUUGCAAUUGAGGAACCUAUUGUCAAGGUUAGGCUUACCGGUCCAGCUGCUGGUGUGAUGACUGUUCGAGUUGCCCUUACUCAGAAGUUCCGAGAAAAGAUCCCUAAAAUCGCAGCUGUCCAGCUAUUGUCGUAAGCAGCCUAGAACAUUUAGAAGCCAGCCACAACCACAACAAUGUAAAUGUAUUUGCAAUAAUCAUAAUGUGUAGCCUCCUAAUGUGUGUUUGGCUCCACCUCAGCUAUUAACAAUGAUCGUUACAGAAUGUUGUAAGGAUUCUUUUGCUGGAUGGAUUUAUAAUAGAGUUUUAUUUCAGUCUGCACAA